AUGGAUGCUUUUGCAUUUGAGGAUCUGGCAUCGUUUGAUCUCAUUAAGGCUAUUUACAAAUAUGGUUUUGAAAUACCGUCUCCAGUACAACAAUACUCAAUCCCAAAAUUGAUUCAAGGCCAAAGUAUCAGUGUCAAUGCACAAACUGGCAGCGGGAAAACUGCUGCCUUUGGAAUCUCUUUGCUGUCAUUAGUGAAUCCACAAAAAUCAAUCUGUCAAGCAGUGAUUAUCUCGCCAACCAAGGAAUUGUCCAAUCAGACAUUAGAAGUAAUAAAUACUCUGGGUACUCGGUCAGGCAUAAGGGGUGUGUGUCUCACAAGUGGAGUGAUGGCGAAGGAACAGUUUGAGAAGAUCACAAAGGGUAGCGCUCACUUUGUCUGCGUGACCCCAAAACGUCUGAGUGGUUUAUGUGCAGCCAUACAGCUCUCAAAGCUCCAGUUAGUAAUAUUGGACGAGUGUGACAAGCUCCUAGAGGAGCAGAGCUAUCGCGGGGUUGUCUCUUUUCUACGAGACCUGGCACCAGAGACAAUCAUAGGAUGCUUUUCAGCGACCGCCACCGAUAUAUACAAACGAACAAUUAAGGAGCUCUGCCCAGCAAUCAACCACAUCAGCAUAGUACCAAAGCACAGCAGUGUAACAGCUAUUCGCCAUGUUUGUAUCCGCAUUUUCAACUACACAGAUGCUGACGUUGAAAGGGCUGUCUCUCAUAAGCAGAAACAAGACCAACUUAAGACUGAAGAUAGCGAUGACUGGCUAGAGCCUCGAAUUAAACGUCGAUCAAGACGGAAAUCAUACAAAGGAUUGCAGGCUCUUGACGAAGACAAGAAUGACAUGGGCUCAUCAAAAGAGGAAAUUUAUGCCGAAAAGGUUAGAGUAUUGUCGAGUCUUCUGGAGUCAGUACCUAUCGUUCAAGGUGUAAUUUUCUGCAACUCCAAACACACCGUUGAUUGGUUACAUAACGCUCUUCGCAAGCAAAAGCACCCGUGCGAGCGGAUACAUGCGGAUCUUCCUGCAUUUGAUCGUGAAACAACGGUUGCAAAUUUCCGCGCAGGAAAGACACGACUGCUUAUCAGUACAGACCUGCUUGCACGCGGAUUUGACGUUCAACAGGUGACUUUUGUGUGCAACUAUGACUUUCCUCGUGAUCCACACUCUUAUAUGCAUCGGGCUGGGCGGUGUGGCAGAUUUGGUCGCAAAGGGUUGAGUGUCUCCCUACUUAUAGCAGAGAAUCAGAAGUGCAUGGACGAUGUGGUUCAGAAGUACAAGAUCGAGGUAGAGACAAUCUAG